AUGUCCCCCGAAAAGUCACAUUUUCUCCUCAAGAACUUCCAGGAUCAGUUCCCGGACUCGAUUUCUGAGCUCGAGGUUGGGUUCAUGGGCGGCGACAUGGCUGAUCCCGAGUACGCCGAGGUGAAAAAGGGCAAGACUAACCACGUCGAGGUGGCGCACGGACUGCUCGAUACGUCCAAGGCCUCGUUUGAGGACCUUGUCCGGUUCUGCCACUCAAUCAUCGAUCCCACCACACACAACCAGCAGGGCAUUGACCACGGGACCCAGUACGCCACUGUCAUCUUUGUCUACACUCCGGAGCAGGCCGCGACCGUGACUACCGUCAUCGCCGACGUCCAAGCCUUGAUCGACGCCGGCACCAUCACUGGCUACAGCACACCCAACGUAGCUACUCAAAUCCGCCUCGCCCGCCCGUUCUACCCUGCCCACGAGGGCCACAUGCGGUACUUUGAGAAGCACCCCGAAGACAUGGGCGAGUGCUCGCAUCGCAUUUUCUUCAAGUGGUCCGACAUCAACGUCGCCGCUUCUGGCUGA